UGGCAGCGCGGAGCCACCCAGCAGCCGGUCUGUGAUUGGGCAGGGGAGUGGGGUUCUUGACACAGUGCGGUGCUGACUGCUCCGGGACGUGUUUCAACAGAUGGUCGAGGUUAGAGAGUGUCAUCACAUCGGAGAGAGGAUUAGAGGAGAGAGGUUGUCUUCCAGGAGCUGUGUGGUCCCCCCCUUACUCUCCAACCCCAAAUCCAGGCACCGACGCGCAAACCUCUCUAUGCGCAAAAGGGAGACCCGGUCAAGAAACGCGAGGAGAAAAACUCUCAGAGGAAUCCUCGCCUUGCCUCUCACUCGGCCAGCACUCUGCUCUCCUGCCUACCAGUCAACCACGGCUACGAGAGCAACGCGGGUGUGAGUGAGUGGCCUGGCUGGACCUCAUCUCCCUCCCUCCAUCUCUCCAGUAAUCCUCCCAUCUACCCAUCCUGUCUGCUGUCUCGGGCACCAUGCUGAUGCAGUGGCUGGCCUGGUUGGCCCUGCUGUCUCUGGACUGGGCUCCAGGCAGCUUUGCCUUCACCACCACCAGGGCUCAGGGGCUGAGGGGUCGCAUCCAGAGAGACCGCAGAAACAUCCGGCCCAACAUCAUCCUCAUUAUGACUGACGACCAGGAUGUUGAGUUGGGGUCUUUACAGGUGAUGAAUAAAACCCGUAAACUCAUGGAAGAUGGAGGCACUAGUUUCACCAAUGCCUUUGUCACCACACCUAUGUGCUGCCCUUCACGAUCGUCCAUGUUGACGGGCAAGUACGUCCACAACCAUAACACCUACACCAACAAUGAGAACUGUUCCUCCCCUUCCUGGCAAGCUCAGCAUGAGCCACGUUCCUUUGCUGUCUACCUCAACAACACUGGUUACAGAACAGCCUUUUUUGGCAAGUACCUCAACGAGUACAAUGGCAGCUACAUUCCACCUGGGUGGCGAGAAUGGGUUGGAUUGAUCAAAAAUUCCCGCUUCUAUAAUUACACUGUCUGUCGGAAUGGUUACAAGGAGAAACACGGUGCUGAUUAUGCCAAGGACUAUUUCACAGAUCUGAUCACCAACGACAGCAUCAACUUUUUCCGUAUGUCCAAGAAGAUGUAUCCUCACCGCCCGGUGAUGAUGGUCAUCAGCCACGCUGCUCCACACGGCCCAGAAGAUUCAGCGCCUCAGUACGCUGAGCUCUUCCCUAAUGCUUCACAGCACAUUACCCCAAGCUACAACUAUGCCCCAAAUAUGGACAAACACUGGAUCAUGCAGUACACAGGCCCCAUGAAACCCAUCCACAUGGAAUUCACCAACUUUCUCCACCGGAAAAGGUUGCAGACACUGAUGUCUGUCGAUGACUCGGUGCAGAAGGUUUUUGACAUGCUAGAGGAAACUGGGGAGCUGGACAACACUUACAUUAUCUACACAGCAGAUCAUGGAUACCACAUUGGUCAGUUUGGGCUGGUCAAGGGCAAGUCGAUGCCUUAUGACUUUGACAUCCGUGUUCCAUUUUUCCUCAGAGGACCUAAUGUAGAGCCAGGGGCAGUAAACCCUCAUCUGGUGCUUAACAUUGACCUGGCUCCCACGAUUCUCCACAUUGCCGGGCUGGACACCCCUCCAGACAUGGAUGGAAAGUCCAUCCUUAAGCUGCUGGAACAGGAGAGGACUGGCAAUAGAUUCAAACCCAACCGGAAACCCAAAGUCUGGAGGGACACAUUCCUUGUGGAGCGAGGAAAGAUCCUGAGAAAGAAGGAUGACUCAGUGAACACUCAGCACACCAACAGCCUCCCCAAGUACAAGAAGGUCAAAGAGACGUGCCAGCAGGCCGAAUUCCAGACACCCUGCGAGCAGCCUGGACAGAAAUGGCACUGUGUGGAGGAGAUCACCGGGAAGUGGAGGAUACAGAAGUGUAAGGGUGGCGCUUCCAAAGAGGGCUCCAGAAAGAGGGCCCGUAGCCUGAAACCCCGCAGCAGCUAUGACCACAGAGAGAGGGGCUGCGACUGCGGCGACAGCCUAUUAAAACCCUCCAGAGCUGACCGCCGCUCUCACCGCCAGUUCUCAUCCUCAUCCGGCCAGCGUUUUCGACCACGUUUCGUCCACACGAGGCCCGCCAGGUCGCUUUCUGUGGAAUUCGAAGGACAGAUAUACGACGUUGACCUUCAGGCAGAUGACCAGUCAGCUGUCCGCCGUCGUGUCCUCACUAAGCGUCACUACAAUGCAGAGGACCCAGAGUUUGACUUGGGGUCAGAUGAUGGGUCAGAGGAAAUGCUAGCAGAUGACACCAAUGCUGUGGGAUACCCGAACUCUGUCAAAGUUACCCACAAGUGCUAUAUCCUGAUAAAUGACACUGUCCACUGUGAGAGGGAGAUCUACCAGUCCUCCAGAGCCUGGAAAGACCAUAAGAGUUAUGUGGACCAGGAGAUCGAAGCACUUCAAGACAAAAUCAAAAACCUGCGAGAAGUAAGAGGCCAUCUGAAGAGGACACGGCCGGACGAGUGUGACUGUGGAAAGAAGGGCUAUUAUAGCAAAGGAGACAGAAACAAGGCAGAGAGAUUGAAGAACAGGAAUGAUCAACUCCAUCCAUUUAAGGAAGCUGCGAAAGAAAUAGAUGCACGGGCCCAGUUGUACAAUGAGAUCCGCAGAAGGAAGAAGGAAAGGAAAGAGAAGAAGCGACAGAGGAAGGGAGACGACUGCAGCCUGCCAGGACUCACCUGCUUCACGCAUAACAACGACCACUGGCAGACGGCGCCUUUCUGGACUCUGGGCGGAUUCUGUGCAUGCACCAGUUCCAACAACAACACCUACUGGUGCCUUCGAACCAUCAACGAGACCCACAACACCUUGUUUUGUGAAUUUUCCACCGGUUUCCUGGAGUACUUUGACCUCAACAGUGAUCCCUACCAGCUAACCAAUGCGGUGUACACGGUGGAUCGAGAAGUAUUGAACACUCUUCAUGCUCAGCUGAUGGAGAUGAGGAGUUGCCAAGGGUAUAAGCAGUGUAACCCUCGUCCAAAAGGCUUGGAUACAGCACACAGCCAAUAUGGGACGGACGACAAGGUUAAGCUUCCUAACUUGACAGAUGAGGAGGUGAACUGGCAGGGACUGGAGGAUCUGUAUAGCAUAAACGAAAGCCUUUAUGAAUGUAGGCCUGACUACAGCCCCAGCCCAGACAACUGGGGCAACUUCCAGAAGGAUGUAGAUAAUAUGUUUGCACUGCUGCACAUUUUUAACAAAUUCAACCGAACCCAUAAGCUUGACGACUCCACCCUGCCAGAGCUGGGCUCCGGGGACGGGGGAGGACUUGAGGAGGGCAGUGGAGAGGAGCUGGUCUCAGCCAGGGAUCCCUGGUCGAGCUUGGUCACAGAAGCUCGCAUCAUCACCCCCGCCCCCAGCACCACACCAUCAGCACCGCACAACUCCAGGCCCACACUGGAAAGGGAACCGAAACCUUUUGUCAAUGACCUUCCUGAGAGGCUUAGUGACCGACCUGGGCUGUCGGAUACGUCACAGGUAACGGUAUCAUCAUCAGGUUCAAGAAGGGACGAGGCCGUUGUCCGCAGCCACACAUGGACGCGGCAGCUGGAGGAAAUGGAUGGAGAGGGGGAUGUUUUUAGUGGAAAUGGACUGACAGAACUUGAAACCCGACACGACCACCUGCUGCGUACUCACACCAGCCUGCAGGUCCAGCUCCAGCCUGGUGUGGGCAAAAAAGACACUGCUGGCCCUCAGCAGAACCUGGGCCUGGGCCUGGGUCUGGGUCUGGACCCCGAGGAAGAGGAGGAUAUUUUCCGGGCCCAAGGCUACCUCCCUUUCUCCCCACAGACGGUAAAGCCCCAGGUGCAGACGAGCACCACUGGGAGCCCCCCCUCCACACAGACUGGCCCCCCACAGAGCGUCGGGGUGGUGCUGCAGGUGGGGCCUCAGCCAGCCCGACCCCUCACCUUGGACUAUGAGGGUAGCGGCUCUUCUUCUCCUCAACCCUACAAUCAGACCCUCUGAGGCAGAAUCAUGUGCUGACCAAUCAGCCGUUGACCUGCUGGUCGCCAUAGAGACACAGAGACACAGUGAUUAGGAGAUGAGCUUGCCAAAAGCAAAGGCGAGUGAUGCCACCUCAGUCAGUCAAGAGUUGUACAAUAAGUAUUAAAGUUAUUGUUUAUUUUUUUACAGGUGCCUACAUUUAUUAGUAAACAGUGUUAUGUUUCAAAUAUAUAUUUAGAAAUGAGAAAGCCUUAAUGCAGCUAAACUUAAGUAUUGGGAUUAAAAUUGAUUAAUUCCAUAUGGAUAACACCAUUGAUGUUUUUAAUAUAUGUUCUUUUUUUUUUAAUAAAACGAGUGGUGAAACCAUUUUAAAAGCUGAAUAAAUAGUUAGUAUUAGUCAGAUUUAGGUACGCUCCAGUCCUCAGAGUCUAUUAACCUAUAAGCUGCUCAGUCAUAGAAUGGUCCAACAGAAUAGCAACCACUCACCAGUGAUAUAAUGGCAAAAUUUACCCCAAAUGCACUUUUGAACUUUUCUACAUAAUGAUCCUCAAACUCCACAAUUUGUGGCUUUGAAAAUGUGUCCAUUGUAAAAUCUGACUUUGUGAAAUAAUUCUUUCUACUGUCUUCUUUUUAAAGCUAACACAAGAAUUUUUUAGUCAUUUCUGAAAAAGUUACAGAAUCAACACGAACAAUGGCAUGUCUAUUCCAUAAGUUAUUCUUGAAAAGUUGUGUUAUAUGUGAAUAUUUCUCUUUGAGAACGUUGUCAAUAUUAGAAUUUUUGACAAUCAUGGAACAGUUUAAUGGUUUAGCGUGUUACAUGUGACAGUAUAACUAAUUCUGAAUUCAGCAGUGGGUAAAAAAAAACAAAAAACAUACCUCACACUCAAUGCAACCAAGGAAAAAUGCAUUCAUUUGGUAUUUAUUUUGCAUGUAAGGGCACACUUCACUGAUUUGUUGCACCACUGCACUAGCUGUGACUUUGCAGAGUUGUACGUUUGUUACUUUUCACAGCAAUUUUUUUGUUUUUUAUGUAAGGAAACUCAUCAUUAAUAAUCACAAGUAAAUGCUUACACAAUCACCAGGGGGUAGAAAUGUUUGUUGUGUAACUUUUUUGGAAAUGUCACCAAACUAUCGUGUUGUAUGACCUUAUAGUGCUUUGAUAAUCCAGGAUCUAGUGUUGCACAGGGCCAAUUCACUUCAAGUGCAACUGUACUGUACCUUAAACUGGUUGACAGCACAUUAUGUUACAGCUUUGUUGAUGACGUCGGUGACGUACUCGAAAGGCAUUGCAUUAAGCUAUGUAUUCCAAGUCCAUUUUGGAUUUCUGCCAGGAGUUAAUCUCAGUUUUUGGUUUGCUUUUUGUUGCUUCAAAAGUAAUUGAGAUGCACCUUUUGGUUAGAAACUGGCUCUGCAGAAACCACCUCGGAUGCUGUCCUUUUAUUUUCUUAACAGUUAUUGUGUAAGUGUUAGAACAACUCUGGUUUCAGGAAAACAGUGAAGCUGUUAAGAAAUAAACCCUUGCAACCUC